UUUCUUCUUAAGUUAAUUAUAUUAUUAUAAUUAUAAUUAUAUAAAAUCACGUGUGACUCGAUAUGGAAACUAUACUGGGAGAUUGUACGACAGGACAAUUUGUAGCUCACUUGCAAGUCACUGGAAUUGCGUUAACACAUUUACAUUUACAUUUACAUUUAAAAACUGCGUAAAGAGACACUCUAUAUAUGGAUUGUUCACAAAAAUACUGCAACGGAUUGCAUAUUGUUUUGAAUGUUUAACGCAGUGGCCGUAGUAGACUUAACGACAAAGAGGCGAUUUAUGAUGUUAUUGAAAAAGAACAUCGCAUGGAUCUAAACAAAAAUUCAGGAUCACCCAAGCAAUAAGCGCAAUUCAAAUCUUUAGAUACGAAGCCCCCGUGAUACCAAUGCGACAGGGCAGCAUUUGGCGCGUCAAUGGCGUCUUCAAAUUGGCCUACGAUAUCGACCUGGAUAAAAUACAGCAGACCAUUGGCAGGAUAUCACGGGAGGCAACGGACAGAGCUGACCAAAAUCCGGAAACCUUGGUGGACCAUUAUCAGAGCGAAAUAGUGGAGGCAAUCGGGAGAAAAGCAAGUCCGCCGCCGAGGAAACCGCGCUAUAGUGAGCGCGGAUCACCGGACGCUGCAGACGGGAACAGGAUGCGGAGGCGAGAAACAAUAAUCAACAAAUUAGGAUCAAUAUCUGCCUGUUCGAUGCGACCCACGAAAUGUUUGGAAACAUCAACAAUAUCGUUGUCCGGAUAUACUCAAUAAAUACCAAUUUCUGGACUAUAUCGAACUAGAAAGAAUACUUGACGAGGUCGACGAUCUCCCCUACCAAAAUGCAAUUGAAGCAGAGGAGUUCUCUAUUCUGUCCAUGGUACGAUGCUCCUACAUGUGUUGGCAUUCUCUAGAGUGCUCGACAGGGAAUAUACAUAUAUAUACUCCUUUAUCCAACAAUUUGCGAUGGAAAAGAGAUGGCCCUGGAGUACAGCGCCCUGGCGCGAAAUAAAGCGAAACCUACGUACAUGACGUAAGCUUGAAGACCCUGGAAAGGACCGCUCAUCAGAACUCUAAAUUCCAAAGACCAUAUUCAAAAGGCUUGAGUCUAGGUUAAUAAGUUGAGUUCAGUUUGAGACUUAAAAUUAAAUGGUUGGCGAUCUUCAAAGUAAA